ACCGCAGCCGCGCUCCCCCAGCCCUCCCUGCCGUCACCGGCCCGCCACCUGCUGCCCGCCGCCAUGGGCAAGGAGAAGACGCACAUCAACAUCGUGGUCAUCGGGCAUGUGGACUCGGGCAAAUCCACCACCACCGGGCACCUCAUCUACAAAUGCGGCGGCAUUGACAAAAGGACCAUAGAGAAAUUUGAGAAGGAGGCUGCCGAGAUGGGGAAGGGCUCCUUCAAAUAUGCUUGGGUGCUGGACAAACUGAAGGCUGAGCGCGAGCGUGGCAUCACCAUUGACAUCUCGCUAUGGAAGUUCGAGACGACCAAGUACUACAUCACCAUCAUUGAUGCGCCUGGCCACCGGGACUUCAUCAAGAACAUGAUCACUGGGACAUCCCAGGCUGACUGUGCAGUCCUGAUCGUCGCUGCUGGUGUAGGUGAAUUUGAAGCGGGCAUCUCCAAGAACGGGCAGACUCGUGAGCAUGCCCUGCUGGCUUAUACCCUGGGAGUGAAGCAGCUCAUUGUGGGCAUCAACAAGAUGGAUUCUACAGAGCCCCCCUACAGCGAGAAACGCUACGAUGAGAUCGUCAAGGAGGUCAGCGCCUACAUCAAGAAGAUUGGCUACAACCCAGCCACAGUUCCCUUCGUGCCCAUCUCGGGCUGGCAUGGAGACAACAUGCUGGAACCCUCUCCCAAUAUGCCUUGGUUCAAAGGCUGGAAGGUGGAGCGUAAGGAAGGCAAUGCCAGCGGGGUGUCCCUCCUGGAGGCCCUGGACACCAUCCUGCCUCCUACCCGCCCCACAGACAAACCUCUGCGUCUGCCCCUCCAGGACGUCUACAAGAUUGGAGGGAUCGGCACAGUCCCUGUGGGCCGUGUGGAGACCGGCAUCCUGCGGCCUGGCAUGGUGGUCACCUUUGCGCCUGUGAACAUCACCACUGAGGUGAAGUCUGUGGAGAUGCACCACGAGGCCCUGAGUGAGGCCCUGCCCGGUGACAACGUUGGUUUCAAUGUGAAGAACGUCUCCGUCAAGGACAUCCGCCGCGGCAAUGUCUGCGGUGACAGCAAAUCGGACCCGCCACAGGAGGCGGCACAGUUCACAUCUCAGGUGAUCAUUCUGAACCACCCCGGCCAGAUCAGCGCUGGCUACUCGCCCGUCAUUGACUGCCACACCGCACAUAUCGCCUGCAAGUUCGCUGAGCUGAAGGAGAAGAUUGACCGACGCUCCGGCAAGAAGCUGGAGGACAACCCCAAGUCCCUGAAGUCUGGCGACGCAGCUAUUGUGGAGAUGAUCCCUGGCAAGCCUAUGUGUGUGGAGAGCUUCUCCCAGUACCCUCCCCUUGGUCGCUUCGCCGUGCGUGACAUGAGGCAGACCGUGGCCGUGGGCGUCAUCAAGAACGUGGAGAAGAAGAGCGGGGGGGGGGGUUUCUCUGCCCAGAAGGCCCAGAAGGCUGGCAAAUGAAUCGUAGGCUCCCCGUGCGUAGCGCAGAAACCAUCCCUGACACCAGGACGCUGCCACCGUCUCCCCCGGGCGCAUGUGUGCACAUCAGCUUGUAAGAGUUUAUAUGUCAACGACUGGAUGCUCACCAUUAAGGUCCAGUGGAAAUUCUUUAAAAGGAAAAGCAUGUUCCAGCGUUUGUGAGGCUUCAUGUUAAUUUUACCAAUAAAACUGGUACAACAUCCA